AGUGUCAUGUCAGGCAUUCAUGAUUUUAAUCGGGUUUUGUAAACGUACAGAAAAAAAUACUAACCAUUAUCUGAUAUGUACAAAUUAGAAUAACUAUUGUUAAAGAUUGCUUUGCAUUUUGGUUACGUUUAUUAAAAUUAAUUACGAUGGCUUACACUGAAAAAGUCUCACUCAGUGGUACAGCACUCUCAUUUCUGUUGUACGAGUGCGUUAACUCUGUAAAUAGCCAGGAAGGAUUUCUUAUUGGAGAUAUUACUACUGAAAUCACCAAUCACAUAUCAGAUUCCCAUAGUGAGAAUGCACGACUGGACACGCAGAUUGUAAUACGGACAGUUUUGCCAUUACCUUCUGUAUCAUUAUUUUAUUUUCCAACCGGCAGAAUUAAAGAGGAUGUUCUGUCAGAGCUGUUAUCAAGUUGUGCAAAUGAAGUUGUUGGUUGGUACAAAUAUAGAAGAAAUACUACCAUAAAACCUACUUUCAGAGAUAAAUUAAUAACCAAAGGUCUACAGAAAUACUUUGAAAAGUAUCAUGGAAAAAAGAAUUUUGUUACAUGUAAUUUAUCAAAUAAAACAUCCUCAGCUGGUUCCACUCAUACUUUCACUUACAGGUUUGGUAAAAUAAAUUGUUUUGAUAUUUAUGAAUAUAUUGAGGAUGUAACUGCUAACUUAGGGGAGAAAUUGACUGGAUAUAAAAAACCAAACAGAUUAUCUCCUCAUAGUGAAUUCAAUAAAAUAGUUAAGGAAACUAAUGUGCAAAGUAAUAACAAAAGUGAUGCUAUCUUAUGUAUCCAAGAAGCUGUAGAUGUAAGACUUAUGAAAGAAGCUAAAAUUGCUGCAAAAAAUGAAUGUACCAUUAGAGAAUUAGAAGCAGAAAUCAAACAAAUGAGUACUAUACUAUCUGAUAAACAGUCUGUAGAACUUCAAGUGACUUAUAACAAAAUGCUUGAGGAGAAAUUUGUGACAAGAGAUGUUGAAAUGGCAGACGCAUGUGUUAAAGCCCUAAAAACUCUAGAUACGGAUGCUGUAAAUAUUCCAAACAUUCUCAUAAACAGUAAUCAUCUUGGAGACAGUGAUAAUUCUACUCAGUUGAAAGAAAAUGAUUCAAAGGACAGAAGUCCUAGUCCUAUAUUGACAAGAAAGAGUCCAAUUAAACCUGUAUUAAAUUAUGCAGCUGCAUUGAAAAAUAAUACUGAUGUUGCUUCAACAAGUAAAUCAAUCCCUUACAGUGAAGACCUGAUAUCUUUUGAUGUAGAAGAUAAAAAUGUACAGAAGCCUAUAACUGUAAAUGAUGAUGUUAAAUAUGUAGGUGAUAGUUCACCUGAAUACUGACAAGUGCCUUAUCUGAUAAUUUUAUUAAAUAAGUUACCAUUUUAAGUAAACUCUACUGUUAUUAUUACCAGUUUGUUACUAACAACUACUUUCUACCAAAACUAUAUUACUUUCCUUUGAAUCUGUAAAAAUUAAGGCGGAAACAAAUUAACUGUCUGUCGGUAAUAAAAAGGAGGAGGAGUAAUCAAGUUCUUUACUUACCCAAAGUGCAUUAAACGGAUACCUAUCAAAAGAGUAAAUAUAUACAGAAGAAAUAUUAAAGAAGAGUAAUGAAUGUUAGCCACUGUCAAAUAAUUUGUUUCCGCUUCACAAACAGACACCAUAAAAGUUGCUUCGGUACCACUAAGAUACUUUAAUACAUGUAUUAUAAUG